AUGGAUAACAAAAGUGGCAGCAAAGAAACUGGAGCAGUUGCCCGAGCUGGUGGUGGCGGCAAAGAAACUGGAGCAGGUGCAGCAGGAGCUGGUGGUGGCAAUAGCAAUGGUGGUGGGACUAACAAAGGUGGCAACAAUGAUCUAAUGAAGGAUCCUGGUGGUAAUGGAGCAUAUAUAUCAAGGACGGGCUUUGAGAACAAUCCUAAAGGUGGAGCAGGGGGAUCUGGAGAUGAUAAUUACAAAGAAACUGGAGCAGUUGCCCGAGCUGGUGGUGGCGGCAAAGAAACUGGAGCAGGUGCAGCAGGAGCUGAUGGUGGGACUAACAAAGGUGGCAACAAUGAUCUGAUCAUUAAGGCUCCUGGUGGUGAUGGAGCAUAUAUAUCAAGGACGGGCUUUGAGAACGAUCCUAAGGGCUACUUUUCUGAGCUGCAUCCUAAGGAGAAGGCCAGCAAAUGA